CAAAUAACUUUUAUGUCAGGUUUUAUGCUCGGUUGACCUGUGAUCUUCCCAUUCGAACACUCCACCAACUUAGAUGCUCUUACUUGCUACGAUAUAUUUAUUAGGUUGUACUACCUAUGUCCUGGCGGAAUGCCCUAUAAAUGACCGUAAAAGUUACUUCAAUGAGCAACUAAGACUACACAAUACGCUGUUUAAGGACUAUGUUCCUAAGCUUCCAGCAAUUGCAAUGCAAGAGCCCAAUUCAACUGCCGAUAAUGGAAAUUUUCCGAGAUUCGAAGUCCUGCUUACGCUCGUGUAUAUGAAGUUAAUUCAGAUGGUUGAGCCGGAACAAAAAGUCGAAUUUCUCUUUGAAUACUCCAUGAAAUGGAGAGAUGAGCGACUUGAAUGGAACCCUGAAGACUACUGUGGUUUGGAUAAUAUAUAUGUAUCGCGCUUGGAUGUUUGGAUUCCUGAUAUCACAAUUGUUGAUGCACAUUCUUCUGCGGACUACCGAGAUGAUUACAACAAAUUUGUUCAUAUCAGUUCUAUACACAACAUAUACCCAGAUGAACCCACAGUUUGCGCAUUAGACGUGCAAAAUUUUCCAUUCGAUCGUCAGGAAUGCGCAAUCAAUAUGAUGUCUCAACUGUAUUCUAUGCGUGAGUACGGUAUCAAGCUUGCCUUUGCUCCGGCUCUGCUGAACAACAAAACUGCUUUUGACAAUAUGGGUAAUGAAGAAUGGAGAAUCAAAAAUGUGACAACGAUGAGAGUGCAUCAUGAUAUAGGAUAUGAGGAUCCUGUCGAGAUAAGCAGUUUUGUUAUUCUGAUGAAAAGGAGUCCAUCGUUUUACAUUACCAUGAUUAUCACACCGUCCUUCGUCAUCAACAUACUGUCAAUUUUUGGUGUUUUCUUAAAAUCGGCAGACAGCAUGGGAAAGCUUGGUAUGGCGCUGACUAACAUAAUGUCGUUGACGUUUAUAUUGGGAAUCCUCGCAACAGCACUGCCAAAAACUAAAGGAUUACCAAAAAUAGCUAUCUACAUUAUGGGGAAUCUUCUAAUAAUGGUAUUUGCGCUCACUACAACGCUUGUCUUACCGUAUGUCAAGCGAUUUCUUUCCGGUCUUGGGGAAAGCAGCACGGCAAGCUCCAAGAGGAAAUUGGAAAGUAAACUACAUCGGCUAGCCGAAUAUGCGCUGUUUGUGCUGUUCGAAAUUGCAAACCUCGUCAACUUUAUUGUACUUAUCACGUGAUUCCUACAUACUUUUCUACAAUUACCUUUGAGGUAAAUAAAAAGCUAAAUGU